AUGGAUCCCGCCGACGUGGUCGUCGAGGACGACAAGUCACCGUCCAAGACCUCGGAGAACAACAAUAAUAACGACGACAACGAGAAUGAAGACUCGAACCGCAAGAAAGAGAAAGCAAAUUGCGAUGAAGGCCGGCCCAUCUGUAACAACUGCAUCAAGUCCAAGAGGCACUGCGAAGGGUACAACCAGCGUGUCAUUUUCAAAGAACCCAUCGCCGGAUUUAAUAUCAAUGGCAGCUACGGUCCUAUCGUCUAUCCCCCCGAGGCGCCAAACCAGUCAUUCAACCAACUGCCCAACCCGCCACUCAAGUCCGUCAACGGUCCUCCCCUGGCACCGAUCGCGCCUAAACCGCCGCAACAUCUGGAUUCCCAGGGCCAACCGAUGUUUCCCUAUGGUCAAGGCUUUCCCGGUCAGCAUCAACACCAGGCACCUCCUCCCAGUGCCUUCGACUUCAACCAAUUUCCGUAUGGCGAGCAACACAUGCCUUCAAGCUCUUCCAUCAUCUCACCAACUAGUCAAUUUCAGGCGCAAUUUGGUGGUCAACAGAGCAACUUGGUCAGCCCCAACACAGACAGUGGCGCGUUCGUCCACAGUCCGACAGAACCAUGGAGACAUCAGCCGGCGAGAGCUCAGGCGCACGUGGAAGAGAUGGAUGUGUAUCCCAGCACCAAUUCAGCUCCUCAGAUGGAUCAUCCUGUGGAGGACGCAGAGUUCCAGUACCCAUGCUCGGACGACGAUGCCUCAAUGCCCGACUCCGAAGACGCAUUCGAAGAUCUCAUGGGCGAGGAGAGCGCGUACGGCCAACUGGUGCAGAGUCGGAACGACGGACCUUGGGACGGAUUCGGAACUAAGAUGAGGUCCUUCUCGGCCUUUGCUGAUGAAACGAUUCUCACAUCGUACAUACCUACACCCAAUAAUUCGCCACUCAAUGACGAGCGAACUGCUGCUUUGUUCUGGCACUUCAUCAACGUCACGGGGCCAAGCAUGUCGCUAUACGAGCGACAUCCUUUCGACCACUCAAAGUUGACAAACAACUUCUCCGUGCCUAAAGCAGGACACAACAUCUGGACCUCAUUGGGCGCGUUGCAGAUCGCCAAGCUGCAACAGAUACCGCCGACAGCGGCCAUGAAGCAUUAUCACCUUGCCAUCCGCAGGAUCGCCAAAAAUCUACGGAGUCCUAAAAGGAGAACGUCGCCGGCAACUCUGGCCGCCUCCCUCUUACUUGGAUACUUUGAGGUCUGGAACUCGGAUCACACAAAGUGGUGCAACCAUCUCUUUGGCUCUAGGCUCUUGAUUAGGGAGAUCCCCUUCAGGCAAAUGACAAAGAACAUUCUGCCACUGAAAAGGGUGAGGAGGGCGCUGUUCCAGGAGAGCCAGAAUCAGCCAAUGGACCCUUUCUACAUGGGCCAUGACAACACCCACAUGAUGAGCCACGAUCUUGACGAUCUCGAUCUCGGCUUUCUCAGUAAGCUUACUAACCAGCACGUCUCGUACGAGGACGAUGAGCCAUCUACACACUACUACACAGACCGCGAUAUUGAGCACUACGAACAUUUGAGAGAUUUGUACUGGUGGUACUGCAAGAUGGAUGUAUACCAGAGCAUGUUGGGCGGAGGGAAACCUUUCAUGGAUUACCAGCACUGGACGCAGUGUCCGCCACGAGCACCCAUGGGCCGACUUGAGGCCAUGGUUUUGGUCCUCCAGGAGGCCCCCCUGGCGGACCUCCCGGCGGACCUCCCGGCGGGAGGCCUGGAGGAGCACCGCAUGGAGGACAACCAGGUGCGGGUGGGCCACCGAGAGGUGGUCAGAGUUGGCCGCCGCCAGGGAUGGGACCGCCGCCGGGAAUGGCAACGGGCAUGCACGGAGGAGGGCCUCCCGGUGGGAUGA